AUGGAUAGACACAAACUUGACGUCGUGUCAGCAGGAAAGAAUACUGUUCGUAUCCAGAAGACAAUAUGUUCCGGUUUCUUUAGAAAUGCAGCAAAGAAGGAUCCCCAGGAGGGAUAUCGCACUUUGGUUGACAGCCAGGUUGUUUACAUUCACCCCUCAAGUGCGCUUUUUAACAGACAACCAGAGUGGGUGAUCUACCACGAGUUAGUGCAGACAACGAAAGAAUAUAUGCGCGAAGUCACUACCAUAGAUCCUAAAUGGUUAGUAGAAUUCGCACCAGCCUUCUUCAAAUUCUCAGAUCCUACAAAAUUGUCCAAGUUUAAGAAGAACCAACGUCUCGAGCCCUUGUACAAUAAGUAUGAAGAACCUAAUGCCUGGAGAAUAUCAAGAGUGCGAAGACGAAGAAAUUAA